GAUACAAGUACACGGAUAAAAAGAUUUCCGAGGAAUCAAAAGAUGGCGCUGCCCAUGAUAAGAGGUUGUUACAGGUUUCCAUUAACAGUUAGCUUUAGCCGUCUGGUUUUAAAUGAACGUAUCAUCCUGAACCGGUCCGGUAAAACGCGGUUAUCUCCUUCGUCAGCUGCCGGUGUGGCAGUAGCGGUCCGUCCCUACAGCUCCGACCGGGAAGGGAAAAAACAGACCCAGAAGGUGGUGAUGGUCGGUAUCCCGAACCCUUUCAUCUGGUUCCGCACCCGGAUUUACUACUUUCUGAUCAGAGCUUACUUUGAUAAAGAGUUCAGCAUUGAAGAGUUCACGGAGGGAGCGAAGCAGGCCUUCUCCCAUGUUUCCAGACUCCUGUCACAGUGUCAAUUUGAUGCUCUGGACGGGCUUGUGGCAAAAGACUUGAUUGGAAAGCUCGAGGAAAAGUGCAACCUGCUGCCUCUGAGCCACAAGAAAGCCCUCUCUGCAGAUCCAGAAGAGAUCAUGUACACAGUACCUGGAGACGUGGGAAUCUACUAUGAUGAUAAUGGGAGAAAGUUUGUCAGUAUUCUGAUGCGUUUCUGGUAUCUGACAAGUGCGCGCCUUCCUGACGAGACCAUGGAGGGAACUCGCAUCUUCCAGGUGGCCAUUGGUGGAGAGGAAGAAGCAGAAACGAAAAGGCUUCUAACUGCAAUUUAUGAAUUCCAAAGGGAGUUUACUAAAGGAGUACCACCAGAGUGGAUCAUUACGAGGAUAGAGCACUCCAAGCUUUUGGAUUAAGGUGGUUUUAAUUUGAGGCAGAUGUGCCAGUGGAAACUAGUCAAAUACAUUUCAUUCUCCUCAGUAUUUGGUUUUAUAAAUUGAGGACAAAACAGCUCAAGAUUAUCCACAGAGGGAAAACAAGGCGCAGCCCCCCCCCACUGGGAAGUCAGAGGAAAACACCAGGACAAACUUGGAUUCAUCCACCGUUCAUCAUUCUCCUAGAUGCUCCCCAGAGCUGUCUGCAGUAUUUCAUAGUUUCUGAUUGUAUUCUUUAUGAUCCUUGAUAUCCCAGAAGCCAAUGAUUAGAACUUGAUUAGGUUUGUAAACUCUUGCUUUGGAAGGUUUUGUACAUUGAGGAAUUCAGCUAGAGCAAUCAAAAAUUAUUUUCAAAUGAAUCAUAGCCUUAUUUCAACUGUUAUUUAAUACCAGGUUGGCACGAUCUACUGUGAAGGACUUAACAGUGAGGUUAGGUGGUUCACGAAAACCAUAUUCGUGAUGAAAUGCCUCCAGUCUGAUGCUCCAAGCAAAUGCUGAGGAUUAUUUGCUGACACUGUCUGACCCAAGUCUGAUGAUGUGACUGAAACAACAGUCUACAUUGAGAUUUUUUUUUCAGUCAGUCAUAGAUCUGCUGCUGCACAUACUUUCAUAUUUAAAUUCAGAAGUAAAAACAAGCAAAGACUUGUGUUGAAAUCAUAAACAAAAUGUGAAAUCUCUCCCUGAGUGUGUCUGGUGCUUGUUCUUGGAAACUCUUAACAUCUUUAUCACCUCUAGUUUUGAAGAGUGACUGGUUUCUAAUACUUUAUUUUCCCAGUAGAGAACAUUUGUUUCUCGAUGUGUGGUGCUGUGUUACAGUUCCAUGUGCCUGACUUUUUUUUUUCCACGCAAAAAAAUGUCUUUCAUUUCCCCGCACAAAAUACUUGACCCAUUGCAGUCAUGUGACUCUGAGAGGUACAUGCAGUGUAUGUAGUGUAUGUUGUUGAUAAUGGUUAAGGUGGCUUCAUGAAGCUGCAGCAGAUAUGUGAUUGUUUUAUUAAAGAUUUGCAAAAUCAA